AGCGCCAGGCCACUCCUGCCUGAAUUCCCCGCCCACCUCCACUUGUCUGCUGGCUUGGUGACUGAGUCUGGCUGACUUCUCUGUUUCUCAGAGAAGGAACUGCUGUUUCUGGACAAGCGGGCCGCCUCUGGGUCACCUACACGGCCCUUGGCCUCGGCUGGCACAGGGGAGCAGGGCAACCGGCAGCAUCAGGGGACCAGGCGGAUGUGCUGCUCUGAGAGUUCCUUUCAGCCCGCCCAGUUCCUACUGCUGGUGGGAGUUCCGGUCGUGAGCGCCGUGCUCCUGGUGCAGUGCCUUCGAUGGCGCUGUCCUCGCCGGCUGCUGGGGGCCUGCUGGAAGCUGGAAAACCAAGAGGAGCCAGAGUCCCAUCCCACUCCCCCACCAGAAGAUGAGUCCUCCAGGGCAGGCCCGCCAGCCACGCUGCAGGAGGUGGCUACCUUCUAUCAGGAACUGCACACGCCCACCCAGGGCCAGACCGUCAUCCGGCAGCUGAUGCACAAACUGUUGGUGUUUUCCGCUCGAGAGGUGGACCACCGCGGCGGCUGCCUGAUGCUCCAGGAUACGGGCAUUUCCCUGCUCAUUCCGCCAGGUGCUGUGUCUGUGGGCCGCCAGGAGCGGGUGUCGCUGACCCUGGUGUGGGACCUGACGGAUGCCCCCUCGCUGUCCCGGGCUCAGGGGCUGGUGAGCCCCGUGGUGGCAUGCGGCCCCCACGGGGCCUCCUUCCUGAAGCCCUGCACCCUCACCUUCAAGCACUGUGCCCAGCAGCCCAGCCAGGCCCGUACCUACAGCAGCAACACCGCCCUGCUGGACGCCAAGGCCUGGAAGCCGCUGGGGCGGCCGGGAGACCACACCUCCCGGGAUGAAUGUCGCAUCCACCUCUCCCACUUCAGCCUCUACACCUGUGUGCUGGAGGCGCCGGCGGGCCGGGAAGCCCGAAAGUGGCUGCAGCUGGCCGUGUUCUGUUCGCCGCUGGCCCCGGGGCAGUCCCACCUGCAGCUGCGUGUCUACUUCCUCAACAACACGCCCUGCGCCCUGCAGUGGGCCGUGACCAACGAGCAGCCGCACGGUGGGCGCCUGCGCGGGCCCUGCCAGCUCUUCGACUUCACCGGGGCCCGAGGGGACCAAUACCUGAAACUCAAAUACAUCUCGGAGGGUUGGGAGAACGUGGACGACAGCAGUUGUCAGCUGGUGCCGCACCUGCACAUCUGGCACGGGAAGUGCCCCUUCCGCUCCUUCUGCUUCCGGAGAAAAGGAGCCAAUGAGAACGAGGACUGCUCGGCACUGACCAAUGAGAUCAUCGUCACCAUGCACACCUUCCAGGAUGGCUUAGAGACCAAGUACAUGGAAAUCCUCAGGUUCCAGGCAUCGGAGGAGGAAUCCUGGGCAGCUCCACCCCCAGUCACCCAGCCACCGCCCUGCAAUAGGCUGCCCCCAGAGCUCUUUGAGCAGCUGCAGAUGUUGUUGGAGCCAAACAGCAUCACUGGCAAUGACUGGCGGCGACUGGCCUCCCACCUGGGGCUCUGCGGUAUGAAAAUCCGGUUCAUGUCCUGUCAGCGCAGCCCCGCGGCAGCCAUCCUGGAGCUAUUUGAGGAGCAGAAUGGCAGCCUCCAGGAGCUGCACUACCUCAUGACCGUCAUGGAGCGGCUGGACUGCGCCUCCGUCAUCCAGAACUACCUGAACGGGACGCAAAGUGGCAGCCCACCCCGGCUGCGCGCCGGCGCCCAGGAGAACCAGGGCCUGGAGCUGGACGAGAAGCUCUGAGCGCCCCGCCACGGCGCACGGUGUGGCUCUGUACCCCGGGAGGCCGUGGAUGAUGUGCCCCGACCCCCAGGAAGCAAAACAGCUGCUCUUCCUGGCUGGACCCACCGACCUCAUCAGGACCCUCGGGUGGUUCCCCCGGGGCCACAGCGAGGCUGGACGCCACUGUGAGCCCCCGCCUUUCCGGACCACCCUUCCGGCCCGCUUCAUCCUGUGUGCAGAGCCCUUCCUGGCCGGCAGGGGGCGCAGGAGCCCAGGAGAUGGCCCCAGCCUGGCCGGCCUCCGGGAAGCUGUUCAAUAGACCAGUGGGCUGUUAGACUGCCCUGUCGGCACUCCUUGGGGACUGGUUAGUUCACAGAGAAUUCCCCGAGCACUUAAGUGAUACUCAGCAUUGGACUGGGUAUCAUGGGAACUCCUGGAAUAAAUGAGGUCGGGUUUGGACCCUUGCAAAACCCCUCUGGGAAAGAGUGAAGCCCAGGAGGAGAAGGGGACGACAGAGGAUGAGAUGGUUGAAUGGCAUCACGGACUCAAUGGACAUGAGUCUGGGUGAACUCCGGGAGUUGGUGACGGACAGGGAGGCCUGGCGUGCUGCAGUCCAUGGGGUCGCAAAGAGUCGGACACGACUGAGCAGCUGAACUGAACUGAACUGAACUGUACUGAAACCCCUCUUGGGGGAACCAAGAUGCCCUCUUGUAGGAGCAGAUGUAGGAGCAGAGGGCAAACUCCCAGCACUUGCCCUGUGGUUAGGGAUAUGAAUGUCAUAUGAACUGUACCAGCAUAAGGAGUUGGGAAGGGAGGGCGCGGAGUAUGGGCUGGAGCCGUGAGCAAGCCUUGUGGAGGAUGUUGGAAAGGUGGUUUGCAGAGUGGCUCAGAGAUCUUCAGGUGGAGAAAGGCGGGGAGAUGACUGGACUUACAGUAGGAGCCAAACGCUUAUGGGGUGCAGAGGCCUCAGAGAGCCCAGCACGGUGAAUGUGAGGCAGGGCAAGACCAGAGUUCAAGGCCAGAUCUAGGGAUGGGCAGUCACAGCUGCUGAUCACCUGUCUCCUCUGACUUCCUUUGUCUCUUUCCUCUCAUUCUUGCCUUGUCUUCCUCUCUCUCUGCCAUUAUCUCUGUCAUGAAACAUCAAAACUGGACAGAAACUUUCAAGAUUAUUAUUGUCGCCCAACCUUUUAAUCUCUUUAUCUCGAACUGCGUGCAUUUUAAGUCUCUCUGACCUCAUGUUGCUGUCGCUGGCCCCUGCAGCAUCUCCAUCCCUGAAUCUCUCUGUCACUCCCAUGCUUUUGUGUGUUUCUUUUUCUCUCUGAAACCCGCAGUCAUUCCCCUCAGGCAAGUGUCUCUAAACCUUGGUUAAGUAUCAAGGCUACUGAAAGACACCAGACUACCCUAGGAAAGGAUGGGUGGGGAUUUUAUCUUGUGAAAGAAGAAAGUGUUAGUCACUCGGUCGUGUGUCUGACUCUUUGCAACCCUAUGGACUGUAGCCCACCAGGCUCCUAUGUCCAUGGAACUCUCCACGCCAGAAUACUGGAGUGGGUUGCCAUUCUCUUCUCCACGGGAUCUUCCAGACUCAGGGAUCGAACCCAGAUCUCCCACAUUGCAGUCGGAUUCUUGACUGAGCCACCAGGGAAGUCCUUUAUUGUGUGAGUCAGGAUCCAGUUUAGGAUCAGGAGAGAGAGGAUAGGGAUUAAAGAACAUCCCAUUUAGUCAACUAUUUAUUCAGCACCUACUGUGUGUUAGGCGCUGUAUAGAAAAUAAAUCAGUAGGCUGGGUCCUGAAAGGAGAACAAAGGAUUUGACUCUAUUCAAGCAGUUCUUUUGUUGGCAAAUAGGUGUUGUUAAAUUUUUCAAGAGCAGGCAAAUGAUCUCUCUGGCAACACUAACAAUUUGCUUCUGUAUUUAAUUAAAAAAAUAUUAAAGCUUUUUCUAUGAUGAACAAUAUUGUAUAAUAAAAUAUGAAAAUUGCCUUUCUUUGUUACUAACUGUAUUUUGCUCAGAUUGGUAAAUUCAGAUGUGGAUAUGAAUGAUUUUAUGUGGUAAGGCUGUACCGAUGGGAGCAGGCUGGAGAGCAGUGUUUUGUAGAUUGUACUGCUAGCAUGGAUGUCGUCUGGGUACAGAAAGGUAGAUUAGGGAGGUUCGCUUUCCAUUCUGUUAGAAGCAAGCCUUCAGGGUGGGACCCUCCCGCUGCCUACCACCCCACCCCUGUCCUCCUCCCCUAACCCCAUCCAUCCUGUUAGUCCUCCCACCCCACUGGGGGCUGCCAGCUACUCCAGGCUGGUACCUUGGCCUUCUCCCUCUUCAUUUGGCUCAGGAUUGACUACUAAGAGCAUCUUUCUCACCUGGAGUCUGAUACACUUUCCCCCUCAUCUCCUAUUGUUUCCUCUUUGUUUUCCACACCAGCCGAAGGCAUCUUUGUGUUACUUCCUACCCUGGAACAAAUCACUUAGGGGUUUUAGGUCUUGUGGAAUUGUGAAUAAAAGCCAUGGGGGAUGUGGGGGAGGGUGGUUCUAGGAUGGGAGAGGCUGCCUUCUGGCCGCAGCCUUAAUCCAUCAGGAUGGGCUCACAGUGCUGGGAAGCAGAGUCUUGGAAAUCUUGAGGUAGGUGGCAAGCUGCCUGAUGCCUGUAGGGUGGAUCUUUCCUUUCUCAAAUCAAACCCAAUUGGCACAUAUUUACCAGUACCUAAAGCCAAGAGAAGGCAUGUUCUGAUGGCGUUGGGACACUUAGCAAUUCUAGUGCUAAUUAGCUUGGCUCUUCCUUUUCUGGCUUCAGUCUCUACACUGGGAUCAAGCGACCAUGUUCAAGGCUCUCCAAGGGCCUCUUUGGAUUUUAUGGUCCUGUGCAGAAUGGCACACGGGAGGCCCAGGGAAUAUCCACUUGGGGAUUUUUCUUUGUGUAUUGCCUUUAAGUAGAGCAGUUGGUCACUACUUGUGGCCUUAUCUCCAGCCCUUUCCCAGGUAGCUUACCUCUCUGGUCUCUAAAAAUACCAAAUUUGUGACUUCUCUUAUGCAUGUUGUAGAAGCCCAUGCCUGAACUUUCACCUGUUGGUUUAAGAGUCAGGAGGGGAAUGAACAGUAAAGGUCAGGUCCGGGUCUGCAGGGUGAGAGACUGCAGUGCCCAGAGGUAACACACAUCGUUGGCUCCCUGUCUGCCUGCGGAAUGACAUUCAUGCCAAGGUCAGAUUCAAGAUGUCCCUCAGAAUACUGUGAAAGCCACAUACUGUGAAGCCUACAUUUUCUAGUAGUCAUAUCAAAAAAUGUAAAUAGAAACUGAUGAAGUCAGGUUUUAAUAGUAUAUUUCGUUAAACCUGGUCUUCCCUGGUAGCUCAUAUGGUAAAGAAUGCAGGGCACCUGGGUUCAAUCUCUGGUUGGGAAGAUCCCCGGGAAAAGGGAAUGGCAACCGACUUCAGUGUUCUUGCCUGGAGAAUCCUAUGGGCAGAGGAGCCUGGUGGGCUACAGUCCAUGGAGUCACAAAGAGUCAGACACAACUGAGUGACUUUCACUUCACUUCAUUUAACCUAA